UCAUUCUCAUAUCUGCCACAUGGUGGAGAACCCAGAGGAGAACCAGAGGAACCAGAGGAGACUCUCUGCUGCCUGUCCGUCUGCUUCAGUUUGCAGACUCUCUGCUGCUGCUUUGUUGUGUCUCAGUCCCGCACAGCUCUCCACUGCUCUCCACAACUCUCUGCAACUCCACACAGAAAAACAUAACCAGCAUCAUGGGGAAAGGCUGCAUCACAGCGACCAAGUACUUCCUGUUCCUCUUCAACCUCAUCUUCUUUCUGUGCGGGGCCGUCAUCAUGGGCUUCGGACUUUGGCUCCUGCUGGACAAUCAGAGCUUCAUCGUCGUCCUGAAUAACUCCACCGCUGUAAAGGUGGCCUGCUACAUCCUGAUCGGAGUCGGAGCUUUCUCCAUGCUCAUGGGCUUCCUCGGCUGCUUGGGGACCAUUUAUGAGAUCCGCUGUCUGCUCGGCGUGUACUUCACCUGCCUCCUGUUGAUCCUCAUCGCUCAGGUCGUAGCCGGCGUGCUCAUCUACUUCCAGAAGGAUGUGUUAAACGAAGAAAUGUCCAAGAUCGUCGCCAAAGUGCUGGACGACUACCCCGGCAACAACUCGACCACGGAGCAGGCCUGGGACUUCAUCCAGAGGAAUAUGGAGUGCUGUGGCUGGACCGGCCGUGUGGACUGGAACGGUAACCAGGUGAUCAUCAACAGCUCCCAGCUGCUGUUUCCUUGCUCCUGCCAGAACAUCUCGGCCUCCACAGGCAACUUCUCCGACAGCGGAUUCUGUGAGGCUCAGACGCCCGACUGGCCCGUUUACGACGCGGGUUGUGCUUCCAGCGUGGAGAGCUGGCUCCUCACCAACAUCGGGGUCGUCCUGGGUAUCUGCCUCGCAGUGGCUCUGGUUGAGCUGCUGGGGAUGAUCUUUUCCAUCUGCCUGUGCAGGAACAUUCACACGGAAGAAUACACCAAAGUGCCAAAGUACUAAAGGAGCUCAGUGGAGGAAGUUAAUUGGUUGAACUGAACAGAAACACCGAAAUAGAAAGAGAAGAAAUAGUAAAAUAAUGCAUUUUUUUGUUUCCCUUCCCUGUAUAUCAUGAAACAUUUUGUCCAAAUGUAAAAUAAUUAGUCUUUGCGUUGUAUUUUGUUAGAUUAUUCUUCUUUUCAGGCACUUCCAUGUUUCGGUUUUGUCAGCCCAGUUUUUCUUUGGAGCACUUUAGAGACCUUUUGGAUCAGAGAGCGAUGCUGAAUUUGUUUUUGAUUACGUUUAUUUUAGUGGAAUGUGUUGGAGUUGGGAGUAAGAAAUGAUGGAUGAGUCUGCCUGUACAUCCUCUCAGAUUACAGCGUUGCUGGUUUCUCUGGAAGUUAUCAGUUCAUGGUUUAAAUUUUCCCUAAAAAUAUCUGAGGAGAGAUCAUGUUUAAUGUCUACGACGACAGAAUUCAAACCUAACGUUUAAGUGACAACUUGUUUGGACAACUGGAAAAUCCACCUCAUAUGUGUGGUGUGUUUUUUGUUGUUUUUUAUACACCAGCGUUUUGAUUUAUUGUGACAUUUUUUUAGUGCUUUGUAUAUAAUUUUAGUCAUUUGUGUGAGUUUGAAUCCCAAAAAUUCUGCCAGGGUUUUCUUUAGCAGCUGGUUUUAAAAAGUCAUUGGUUUUCUUGAUUUUGUUCUGGAAAUAAUAGAAAUAAUGAGAUACUAAAGAGGAAGAUUUAUGAUGCUUGUUUUUUGAAAGUAUCACUCCCAGUUUACAAUUAUCUUUGAAGACAAACAAAAGAAAGCUUUUUUUUAAGGUAGCUUUUAGUUAAUAUUUUACCCACUUUAAUGAGAGAAAAAAUGGGGAUUGAAAUGUUUAUUUUAACCAUUUUUGAAACUUUAAAAUAUAAGGUAAAAGGGGAAAAUUAUUUUGGAGCAGAAGAAAUAUUUUAAGGGAGAUCCAUCUUGGAAAUUUGUUUAUACAGAAAAAUCAUUUUGAAAUUCAUUUAUGUACAAUUUGUAACUUUCAGCCAAGAUGUUGUGGUGUUUUUAUAAUGUACAAAUCCACCUUCCUGUUUUUCAUUUUAUGUACAGUCUGUAUGAAAAACAUCCCAUUAACCCUUAUACUAGUUUCUAAGACAGAGAGAGUACGUAUGUUUGUAACUAGAUGGAUUUCUGGUAGCUGGAUUAGUAAAUGUGUACUCACAACAUUCAUUCUUUCAUUUUGCCAAUAAACUGAU